AUGUCGAGUAGGCAGCUAGACACGUGGACCUGGAGUUCGGCACAGACACAGAACUUUGAGAGCAUCAGCAGCAACUUCUGUGGCCAUACGCUUCUCAUAAAAGGUACGAAGUUUGCGUUCAUCGUCCACUUCAAUGAGUUUCUGGCAGCCAGUAGCUGGGAAAGAGAUGUUCAGCUUCAUCCUGAAGCAGCCUACCGCCUCCGAGCUUUUAAUGAAAUUCAGGGCUCUGCACUGGGCAUUUCCUGGGGAGAGUUUCAGAAUUCUAGACAGUAUGUCGGGGCAAUUACUAACUACUACAAUGUCAUCCUGGCUUCCCCCAUGGAUUUACCGACCUUACAGCGAUGUCUUCUCCCUUUCAGCAAGGAUCUCUAUCCUGAGGUCAAGUCAACCUUUCAGAAAAAUUACUUGCAAAUUCUCUUUUGUCCCUCUAUUAAACCUCAAAAGCAGAGAAUGGGAAACGUGUAUUCUGUCCACAGAUACUUCAUGAACACCUCGUCAGUGCUGGGCACCAUACCAGGCACUAAAGAUACAACAGAAAAUAAGGUGGACAAGAUCCCUGACUGCACAGAGCUCAAAUCCGGGGGGGUCUUUCUAACCCCAGAGCCUAGCUCUUGGCAGCCUGUCUCUGGCUUUCGGGCCACAGAUCCGGAGUUGAGUGCCAGAAGAGACCUUGGAGAUGAGCUUCCUCACCUGUCUGCAACUCCGCCCGCCCCGGAAGUGACGAUAGCCGCCCGGCCUAGCUCGCGUCCCGUCGGGCCUUGCGGUGGCGGCGGGAAGAUGGCGGCAGCGGGAGCCCUGGAACGGAGCUUCGUGGAGCUCAGCGGUGCUGAGCGCGAGAGGCCGAGACACUUUCGGGAAUUCACAGUUUGCGGCAUUGGGACUGCAAAUGCCUUGGCUGGAGCGGUGAAAUACAGUGAGAGCGCGGGAGGCUUCUACUAUAUGGAAAGUGGCAAGUUGUUCUCCGUCACCAGAAACAGGUUCAUUCAUUGGAAGACCUCUGGAGAUACAUUGGAGCUGGUGGAAGAGUCACUGGACGUAAAUCUGUUGAAUAAUACAGUUCGCCUCAAAUUCCAAAAUUGCAGCCUCUUACCUGGAGGGGUUCAUGUCUCUGAGACUCAGAAUCAUGUGAUAAUCUUGAUAUUAACCAAUCAAACAGUGCACAGAUUACUCUUACCACACCCUUCCCGGAUGUAUAGGAGUGAGUUGGUAAUUGAAAGUCAGAUGCAGUCCAUAUUUACUGACAUUGGAAAAGUUGAUUUCAGGGAUCCUUGCAACUCUCAGUUAAUUCCAGCUGUACCUGGACUCUCCCCUAAUUCUACCACCUCGGCAGCCUGGCUUAGCAAUGAUGGGGAGGCUCUGUUUGCUCUACCAUCUGCUUCUGGGGGAAUCUUUGUUCUUAAACUACCUCCUUAUGACAUACCUGGAAUGGUGUCAGUUGUGGAACUGAAACAGAGUUCAGUAAUGCAACGACUGCUUAUAGGCUGGAUGCCAACAGCCAUCAGAGGUGAUCAGGGACUUUCUGAUCGUCCCUUCGCUCUUGCUGUUCAUUGUGUUGAGCACGAUGCCUUCAUCUUUGCUCUGUGCCAGGAUCAUAAACUACGAAUGUGGUCUUAUAAGGACCAGAUGUGCCUGAUGGCCGCCGACAUGCUGGAGUAUGUUCCCACGUUUAAAGACCUUCGGCUCGCUGCUGGGACUGGACAUAAAUUACGACUUGCUUAUUCCCCUUCCAUGGGACUCUACAUAGGGGUGUACAUGCAUGUGCCCAAACAAGGACAGUUCUGCAUUUUCCAGCUGGUGAGCACUGAGAAUAACCGCUAUAGUCUAGAUCACAUUUCCUCCCUAUUCACUUCUCAGGAGACACUGAUUGACUUUGCCAUAACCUCUACAGAUAUCUGGGCCAUGUGGCAUGAUGCUGAAAACCAAACUGUUGUGAAAUACAUCAACUAUGAACAUAAUGCUGCAGGUCAAUGGAAUUCGGUUUUUAUGCACUCUCUGCCAGAGGAAGAGAUCAUUCUCAGAGAUGAUCAAGACCCCAGAGAGAUGUAUUUGCAGAAUCUAUUUACACCAGGACGAUUCAUAAAUGCAGCUUUAUGUAAAGCUUUACAGAUUUUCUGUCGAGGAACUGAGAGGAAUUUAGAUCUUUCAUGGAGUGAACUGAAGAAAGAAGUCACUUUAGCUGUUGAAAGUGAGCUCCAAGGAAGUGUAACAGAAUAUGAAUUUUCCCAGGAGGAGUUUCGAAAUUUACAACAGGAAUUCUGGUGCAAGUUCUAUGCCUGUUGUCUUCAGUACCAAGAAGCCCUCUCUCACCCUCUUGCCCUUCAUCUGAAUCCACACACAAACAUGGUGUGCCUACUGAAAAAAGGAUACCUGUCUUUCCUUGUGCCUUCCUCCUUAGUGGAUCAUUUGUAUCUCCUGCCUGAUGAGAACCUUUUGGCAGAGGAUGAGGCAGCUAUAUCUGAUGAUGUGGAUGUUGCUCGGGAUGUCAUGUGUCUUAUAAAAUGUCUUCGCCUGAUUGGGGAGUCAGUAACUAUGGAUAUGUCAGCAGUGAUGGAAAUGAGCUGUUACAACCUACAGUCUCCAGAAAAGGCUGCAGAACAGAUUCUGGAAGAUUUGAUCACUAUUGAUGUAGAAAAUGUGAUGGAGGAUAUUUGCAGUAAGCUGCAAGAGAUCAAGAACCCAAUCCAGGCCAUCGGGCUACUUGUGCGGGAAAUGGAUUAUGAGACAGAAGUGGAAAUGGAAAAGGGGUUCAAUCCAGCUCAGCCUUUGAAUAUUCGAAUGAAUCUUUCCCAGCUGUAUGGUGGCAACACAGCAGCAUGCAUUGUGUGCAGAGGUGUGUGUAAAAUUGCCAGCACUCGCUUCCUCAUCUGCCGAGACCUUGUGAUAUUGCAGCAUCUGCUAAUGAGGCUGGGAGAUGCCGUGAUCUUGGGAGCUGGUCAGCUCAUUCAAGACCAGCAAGACCUCCUACAUCGAACAACUCCUCUACUCUUAUCUUAUUAUCUCAUUAAGUGGGGAAGUCAGUGCUUGGCAACUGAUGUUCCAGUUGACACGCUGGAGUCCAAUCUACAACACUUGUCAGUACUGGAACUGACUGACUCUGGUGCUGUAAUGGCAAAUAAGUUUGUAUCUAGCCCUCAGACAAUUGUGGAAUUAUUCUUCCAAGAAGUUGCAAGAAAACAUAUCAUAUCUCAUCUCUUCUCUCAACCAAAGGCACCUCUGAGCCAAACUGGGUUGAAUUGGCCCGAGAUGAUUACUGCAACUACCAAUUAUUUAUUGCAGCUUUUAUGGCCUAGCAAUCCCGGAUGUCUCUUUCUGGAAUGUUUGAUGGGGAAUUGUCAGUAUGUACAAUUGCAGGAUUAUAUUCAACUGCUACGUCCCUGGUGUCAAGUCAAUGUUGGUUCCUGUCGAUUUAUGCUGGGACGGUGUUACCUGGUUACAGGAGAGGGACAGAAGGCUCUGGAUUGCUUCCGCCAUGCAGCAUCUGAAGUGGGCAAAGAGGAAUUCUUGGAUCGCUUGAUUCGCUCAGAAGAUGGGGAGAUUGUUUCCACCCCCAAGAUGCAGUAUUAUGAUAAGGUUUUGCGUCUACUAGAUGUUGUUGGUUUGCCUGAGCUGGUUAUUCAGUUGGCUUCGUCAAUAUUAACUGAAGUAGGUGGUGACUGGAAAAGUCAGGCUACCUUAAGGACAUGCAUUUUCAAACAUCAUUUGGAUUUGGGUCACAAUAGCCAAGCAUAUGAAGCCUUAACCCAAAUUCCUGAUUCCAGCAGGCAGUUAGAUUGUCUGCGGCAGCUGGUGGUAGUUCUUUGCGAACGCUCACAGCUACAGGAUCUUGUAGAGUUUCCCUAUGUGAAUCUGCAUAACGAGGUUGUGGCAAUAAUUGAAUCACGUGCGCGAGCUGUGGACCUUAUGACUCACAAUUACUAUGAGCUCCUCUAUGCCUUUCACGUCUUUCGCCACAAUUACCGAAAGGCUGGUACUGUGAUGUUUGAGUAUGGAAUGCGUCUUGGCAGAGAGGUUCGAACUCUGCGGGGACUUGAGAAGCAAGGCAACUGUUAUUUGGCUGCUGUUAACUGUUUACGACUUAUUCGUCCAGAAUACGCAUGGAUUGUACACCCAGCAUCUGGUGCAAUGUAUGAUCGUCCUGGAGCAUCCCCUAAGAGGAAUCAUGACGGAGAAUGCACAGCUGCUCCAAGUGAGUUGGGGGUCUCCCUUGGAUUCUUUAUUCCACAAAUUAGUUUACCAUGUGUGGAACCGUUUCAUUGCAGAUGCAUCAAGUUGCAGUUAGGAGGCGAGGCGGCGCAAGCAGAAGCCUGGUCCUGGCUAGCAGCCAAUCAGCUCUCAUCGGUCAUCAGCACUAAGGAGUCUAGUGCUACAGAUGAAGCAUGGCGACUAUUAUCAACUUACCUGGAAAGGUACAAAGUCCAGAAUAACUUAUAUCACCACUGUGUAAUCAACAAGCUCUUGUCUCACGGAGUGCCUCUGCCUAAUUGGCUUAUAAACAGUUACAAGAAGGUUGAUGCUGCUGAGUUGCUCCGUUUGUACUUAAACUAUGACCUUUUAGAAGAAGCUGUGGAUUUGGUUUCAGAAUAUGUAGAUGCUGUAUUGGGGAAAGGACAUCAAUACUUUGGAAUUGAGUUUCCACUGUCUGCAACAGCUCCGAUGGUGUGGCUCCCAUACUCUUCUAUUGACCAGCUUCUCCAGGCUCUGGGAGAGAACAGUGCCAAUAGUCACAACAUUGCUCUAUCCCAGAAAAUACUUGACAAAUUGGAGGACUACCAGCAAAAAGUUGAUAAGGCAACACGGGAUUUAUUAUAUCGUCGGAACUUGUGAUCCGAACGGUCGCCUAGCCUUUGUAGCCGCUUGGUGCCUCUUAGGGCUUGAGGCUUUACCCUGCAGGAACCCUGUAUCCCUGGACAAUUUUUAUACCUGUAAAUGAUGUACACAACGUCAAGUCUGCAUUCUGCGCAAAAGAGGAGGGCAGAUGAGUCACAGAACCUGUGCUUGCUGGCGGUGCUAACACCCAAUUUCUGGUUUUCAACCUUGGUCUCAAACAGCUGCUUUUGUAUAUGAUUCACAAGCUUUUUUAGAGUUUCUAUUUUUUUAAACUACCGAAGACAUUCUUUAUCUGCAAAUUAAAACCCGCCCUCACUUUCCAAAAUAGCCAGUGGUGGUUGGUUGGUUGUAGCUAUAACCACCAGAAGCAAUCACUGCAAAUCCUUCCAUUCUUCCCUGUCACUUUUUGUAUUUCAAUGGAAUUAUUUUGGUCCAGAACUGACAUGUAUUUUCUGUAUUGCAAACAGAGGCUAAUGAUUUUGCAUACUCUUUUCAUUAUUUAUUGUGGAGUUUUUGUAUGAUCUUCAAUAAAGUAUUAAAUAAUUUGCCUAGAUUAAACCUAAAAUGAUGACCAGCUGUCAAAGAAGAUACCUUAUUUUGAAUCUGGUUCUGAGGCUAACGUUGAGUAAACUCUUGGCUAAGAAAAAAAUUAGAAAUUUUAUCUAUAAGAAUAACCAAUUUUGAAAGUAAAUUCUGUUAACUUUUAUAAUUUAUGAUAAUCAAGCCGGACUUGAUCAUACUACUUGUGUAUAAUAAUGUAUUGGACCAAAAUAUAAACUUUCCUGGUCAGAUUCAGAAGUAUUCAUGCCCACAAAUUUUGGGGAAGGUGAAAAACAAAAUCUUGGAUUUUAUUCUGUAUAUUAAAAUUUAUCUUUUAAGGAAACGA